AUUAUUGUUUCGACAAAUUGCCACUUAUUACACCAAAUGUUGAAAAUUAUAAAAAUUGAGUAUGUAUGAUAAAAAACCAAAACAAGUGCAUCAUAAAACACAAAAAUUAUUACACACAUGUCCAGCUAAAUCUGCAGGAAGUAGUUACAGCUAACGUUCAUUCGAUGGCGUCAUGUCAUUACACGCACUUCUCCCACAAAAAAUGUAAGUGAUUGCAAAAUACGUUAUGUAAUAUCGGGUUUCUGCGACCUCCAUCGACAUUCUCCAGAGUAGUGUUCCAGUAAAUUUCAAAAAAUGGAAGAGAAAGAACCAAUGAAAGAGAAUGGCCUCGAAGAGCCGAAAAAAGUUAGAAUCCACCCCCAACAAAGAGCCAACUUUCUAUCGAAAUUAUUUUUUUGCUGGGCACUCCCUAUGUUCGUAAAAGGAUUCAAGAAAGACCUCACCGAAGAAGACUUAUACGACCCUUUGAAAGCCCACGAGUCCAGUCGUUUAGGCGACAAGCUCGAAAAAUCGUGGCUACAGGAAGCCAACUUACGCAGACACCCGUCGCUCUGGAAAACCCUAAUCAAAGUGUACGGGGUAGAAAUCGGCCUGUACGGGAUAUUCCUUCUCGUCCAGGAACUAAUCGUAAGGAUGGCACACCCCAUGCUAAUCGGGCGCCUCAUGGCUUACUACGACCCUUCACAAACCGAAAUAAGCAAAAACCAAGCCUACUUGUUCGCUUGUGGAAUCAUAGCCAUCUCGUUUUUGAACAUCAUGAUCAUGCAUUCGUACUUCUUCGGCUUACAACACCUGGGGCUGAAGAUUCGAGUGGCUUUUUGUUCGUUGAUUUACCGAAAAGCGCUGAGGCUCAGUAAGAGUGCGAUGGCGGAGACCACGGUCGGACAGAUGGUUAAUUUAAUGUCUAACGAUGUCAGCCGUUUCGAUUAUCUCGUUUUGUAUCUUCAUCACUUGAUUGUGGCACCGUUGGAGGCUAUAGUUGUCAUUGUGUUGUUGUAUCUGACGGUGGAUCCGGCGGCCCUCGCCGGAGCAGGGCUACUUCUGGCGUUCAUACCGCUACAACUGUACCUGGGUAAGAAGACGUCGUUUUUCCGUUACCGAACGGCAAUCAAGACUGAUCAAAGAGUGAGACUGAUGAACGAGAUCAUCACGGGGAUUCAAGUGAUCAAAAUGUACACGUGGGAGAAGCCAUUCGCGAAACUAGUGGAACUAGCCAGGAAACUUGAAAUCCGCCAAAUUCGUGGAAGUUCGUACCUCAAAGCCAUCAACGUAUCGUUCAUUAUCUUCCUCAACCGUGCCGCCAUUUACUUCUGUGUUCUGACGUACGUCUUAACUGGAAACACCCUCAAAGCCGAAUACGUCUACGUCGUCACGUCUUUCUACAGCAUUUUACGACAAUCUUUAACCAUGUUCUUACCCCGAGCGAUCACACUGUUAGCCGAAACCAACGUCUCUGUCAAAAGAGUCCAAAAGUUCCUUUGUUACGGCGAAAUCAAACCCGAUAAACCAGUACCAGAUAACUACGAAAACGCCAAACCAGAGAUCGGUGUUUCCAUGAGCGACGUUUCGGUGAAGUGGGUUUCAUCUUCAGAAGACAAUACUUUGAACGACAUCAACUUCAACGUCGGUCCUGGACAACUAAUAGGUGUUGUGGGUCCCGUGGGUAGUGGAAAGUCGACUCUGCUGCACAUAAUUCUAAAAGAGAUUGAGUUGACCAAAGGUACUUUGGACGUCGGAGGUCGGAUUUCCUACGCCGCGCAGGAACCCUGGCUUUUCGCCGCUAGCAUCCGCCAGAAUAUUCUAUUCGGGACCGAAAUGGAUACCAAAAGGUACCAAGAAGUCAUUAAAGUGUGUGCUUUGGAGCGCGACUUUUCUCUGUUCCCUUAUGGUGAUCGCACGAUCGUCGGAGAACGUGGGGUGAUGCUAAGCGGGGGUCAAAAGGCUCGAAUAAAUCUGGCACGUGCGGUGUACAAAGACGCCGAUAUUUAUUUAUUGGAUGACCCGUUAUCAGCUGUGGAUACCCACGUGGGUAAACAACUCUUCGACGACUGCAUUUCGGGGUACUUGAGACACAAGUGCACGAUUUUGGUGACCCAUCAACUCCAGUAUCUGCACAACGUCGACAGGAUUUAUCUUCUGGAGCACGGUACCAUCACGACUAGUGGUACCUACAACGAACUGCGAAAUUCAGGAGGCGAGUUCGUCAAGCUACUUGAAGAAAUGAGUAACCCCGACGAGGACGAAGAGAAGAAGAAAACCGCAGUGGUCCAAAAACUCAAAUCUUUGAAGAGUUUAGAAAAGGGUGACAAGCCGGUGGAAGUGAAAGAGCACAGAAGUACCGGGACCCUGUCCAAGAAGAUCUAUCUACGUUACUUGAAAGCAGGGGGCAACUACUUCGUUUCUAUCUUCAUUUUGCUCCUCUUCGUUCUAGCACAAGGGGCUGGUAGUGCGUCCGACUUGUUUAUAACUUUUUGGGUUAACUUAGAACAGGAAAGACUCGGACAAUCUAAGAACGACACUGAGGUUACGGAGUCGUGGCAGAGCAGAUUUUUCACUCCCGACAUCUGCAUCUACAUCCACUCCUUCAUUAUCAUUUUUCUUAUUAUAAUUACGUUAACACGAUCCUUGAGCUUCUUCAAAGUGUGUAUGAAGGCGUCUAAAAAUUUGCACAACAACAUGUUUGCGAACAUCGUAAACGCAACAAUGAGGUUCUUCAACACAAACCCAUCUGGAAGAAUUUUGAAUAGGUUUUCGAAGGAUAUGGGGUCCAUAGAUGAAACGCUACCACAAUCCAUAACGGAUACGCUACAAGUGGGGUUGAAUGUCUUCGCUAUCACUAUGGUCUUGUCUUCAAUUAACCCAUGGAUUAUAAUCCCAACUGUUAUCAUUUUCGUCAUAUUCUACUUAUACAAAGUGGUAUUUCUAGCCACUAGCAGAAACCUGAAGAGAAUGGAAGGCACCACCAGGAGUCCCGUCUUUUCGCAUCUAUCAGCCUCCUUACAAGGACUCUCAACAAUCCGGGCUUUCAAUGCCCAACAAGCGUUAAAGUCAGAGUUCGACAACCACCAAGACCUUCACAGUUCGGCCUACUACAUGUUCGUAGGGUGCAGCAGAACCUUCGCCUUCUGGCUGGACAUGAACUGCAUAGUGUACAUCGGCUUAGUCAUCCUAAGUUUCCUAUUUCUAGGAACAGAAACGUACGGAGGCAACGUCGGACUUGCCAUAACCCAGUCCAUCACCAUGACGGGCAUGUUGCAAUGGGGAAUGCGCCAGUGGAGCGAACUCGAAAACCAAAUGACCUCAGUCGAACGUGUCAUAGAAUACACAGAAAUCGAAUCCGAACCCGACGACCAGGCGAAACCACCACCCAAAAAGUGGCCCACCGAAGGCAAAAUUGAUUUCCAAUCAGUGUUCAUGCAAUAUUCCCCCGAAGAACCCUUCGUUCUGAAAAAUCUGUCGUUUGUAAUCAAUCCGAAGGAAAAAAUCGGGAUCGUGGGAAGAACGGGUGCUGGAAAAUCGUCACUAAUCACAGCAUUGUUCCGCUUAGCACCCGUUGAUGGUAACAUCAUCGUAGACGACGUCGACACCAAACAGAUCUCGUUGAAGAAUCUACGCUCCAAAAUUUCCAUCAUCCCUCAAGAACCAGUCCUAUUCUCAGGGACGCUACGCAAAAAUCUGGAUCCUUUUGACGAAUACAAAGACGACCAAGUGUGGAACGCCUUAGAUGAAGUUAAACUGAAAUCUGCGGUGUCGGAACUACCUUCUGGGUUAACAAGUACCGUUUCUGAAGGAGGAUCGAACUUCAGUGUGGGUCAGAGGCAGCUGCUGUGUCUGGCUAGAGCAGUUUUGCGCGACAACAAGAUUCUGGUUUUGGAUGAAGCCACAGCUAAUGUUGAUCCACAAACCGACGAACUGAUCCAGAAUACCAUACGACGAAAGUUCAAGGAUUGUACCGUUCUGACCAUAGCGCAUAGGCUCCACACGAUUAUGGAUUCAGACCGAGUUCUUGUAAUGAGCGCCGGAAAUGCGGUCGAGUUUGACCAUCCUCACGUGCUUUUGGAAAAUACCGACGGGGUGUUCUAUGGGUUGGUUAAACAAACUGGGAAGGGAAUGGUGGAAAAUUUGAUCAAAAUUGCGAACGAGAGUUAUUACCAGCGUCAGGAGCAUUUAGAGGACUGAGUGUUCAAUGGAAUAAUUGUGACUAAAAUAAUAAUAAUAAUAUAAUUUAUAAUUUCGUACUUGAUUAUUUAUUUUGUCAAUUUCGUCAAGUCCUUAACUUACAAUAAAUAAAAAUUGUUAAACGAA